UUGCGGAAGCUCGUCUGGUUCUUUCGCAUCGCAAUUAAUCUUGAUCAUCAUGGGUAAGCGUGGAAAGAAGGGCGGCGGCGGUCGCGAACGCCAAAACUGGCAGCAAGUCGCCAGGGAAAAUGCCAAGUUCGAAAGCUACUACAACGAGCAGGGAUUUAUCCCCGAGGAGGAGAGGGAGGCUUUCUGGGAGGCCAUUAGGAGAGAUCUUCCUAACAGCUUCCGUUUCACCGGGUCUCGAGGCCAUGCGCUAGCCGUUCAGGAGAAGCUCAAGAACUUCUACAUCCCCGAAAUCACUUCGAUCAAAUACGAGGGCAAAGAUGUCGAGCCUCCCCGUCCCGUUCCCUGGUACCCCGACCAACUCGCCUGGUCCAUGACCACCCCCAAGCAGGUUGUUCGGCGCUUCGCCCCCUUCGCUUCGUUCCAGAAAUUCCUCGUCGCCGAGACCGAGGUCGGCAACAUCAGCAGACAGGAGGUAGUUAGCAUGAUUCCCCCUCUUCUGCUUGAUGUCAAGCCUGGCAUGACCGUUCUGGAUAUGUGCGCUGCCCCUGGUAGCAAGUCUGCACAGCUCAUGGAGAUGAUCCACGCUGGCGAGGAGGAAUCCAUGCAACAAGUGACCGCGAAGGUGGCUGAGGGAACCGCUUCCGCCGAACCUAUGGGACCGGAAGGUCUGGGUGACGAUGGCCGAACCACCGGCUUGCUGAUCGCCAACGACGCCGACUACAAGCGCGCCCACAUGUUGAUCCACCAGAUGAAGCGACUGAGCUCGCCCAACUUGAUUGUGACGAACCACGACGCCACGAUGUUCCCCUCGAUCAAGUUGCCUCCGGAGCCCGCUCCCGAAGGAAAGCCCGUCAAGAACAAAUACCUCAAGUUUGACCGCAUCCUGGCUGAUGUGCCUUGCACCGGUGACGGAACGGCGAGAAAGAACUGGGGUGUCUGGAAGGACUGGAACUACAACAACGCUCUGGGAUUGUACGCCACUCAGGUCCGGAUCCUCGUCCGCGCUCUGCAGAUGUUGAAGGUCGGUGGCCGUGUGGUCUACUCCACUUGCAGUAUGAACCCCAUCGAGAACGAGGCCGUCAUUGCCAGCGCUUUGGAGCGCUGCGGCUCGGCCAAUGUCCGCAUCCUCGACUGCAGCAAUGAGCUUCCGGGUCUGAAGAGAGCCUCUGGCUUGAAGACAUGGAAGGUCAUGGACCGUGAGGGUCGCAUGUACAACAGCUGGAAGGAGGUCGAAGAGCGCAAGGAGCGCGAGGGUAUCAGUGGUCUUGGCCGGGUUGCGGAGGGCAUGUUCCCCCCUACGGAGGACCUGCCCCUCGACAGGUGUAUCCGUAUCUACCCCCACAUGCAAGACACUGGCGGAUUCUUCAUUACCGUUUUGGAGAAGGUGUCUGAAAUUCGUGCCAAGCCUGAGGAUUCCUCCAAGGUCAUCCCCAAGGCUUCCAUUGCUGCCCUGACGGAAGAGCUCGACUUCAAGCAGAAGAAUGGAGACGGCCAGCCUCUGGAAAAGAUCAGCGCGUUGGACGACUUGGUUGCUCCUGACCAGGAGGCUGAGAAGGAAGCCGAAAAGAACGCAUCUGUUGCGCAGGCUACCCACCAGAUCCCCUACUCUGCUACUGACCAGAUCUCUCCCACCAAGAGGGAUGCAGACAGCCUGGAAGACGAGCUUCCGGCGAAGAGGACGAAACUCGAGGACGGCUCCGAAGUUGUCUUGGGAGACCGCCCUGUUCAUGCCCCUGCGCCCGUGGUCGAGUCCGAUACUGUCGAGACCUCUGACGCGACUCCUGCCCCUGCUGAGUCCGCGAAACCCGCCCCCGCGGAGGCUCAGCCGCAAGCUGCCCCUCAGAAGCGCAAGAACGGCCAGCCUAUCGAGGAGCCCUUCAAGUAUCUGGAUCCCAACCAGGAAGAGCUCGACCCGAUCUACAAGUUCUACGAGAUCUCUGAGCGGUUCCCUCGGGACCGCUUCAUGGUGCGCAACGCGGAGGCAAUCCCGGCUCGCACCAUCUACUACACCAGCUCUCUGGCCCGCGACAUCUUGACCGCGAACGAGAAGCAAGGCAUGAAGUUCGUGCACUGUGGUGUCAAGAUGUUCGUGCGCCAAGAUGUGCAGCGUCCUGAGGUCUGCCGCUGGCGCAUCCAGACUGACGGAUUGAGGAUUCUCAACCCCUGGUUGGGCCCUGCUAGAGCCGUCACCCUGACCAAGAAGGAGACUCUGCACAGACUUCUCGUGGAGAUGUUCCCCAAGGUCGACGGUGAUAGCUGGACGGAGCUUGGAGAGAUCGGCGAGCGCGUCAGAGACAUCCCCAUGGGCUGCAGUAUCCUGCACAUCAAGCCGGAUGCUGACGAGACUUUCCACGAGCGGAUGACCCUGCCUCUCUGGCGGUCCCUGCACUCCGUCAACCUCAUGCUUCCCAAGGAGGACCGUCGCGCCAUGCUUCAGCGGCUGUUCAAUGAUGACACUCCCUUGGUGAACACCACACAGAAGCGAGCUGCCCAGUCGUCGACGCCGAUUACUCCUGCCACCGAGGCUGUUAACGGAGAGGAGACCCCGGUCACGGCUCCUGUCGAGACGGAGGAAGAGGUGAUCAAGCGUGAGAACCUGCAGCUUGGCGAGGAUGAGCAGGAGCAGAUGGACACGCGCGAGACGUAUUCGAAGGCUGGUGACGAGGAGGAUCGCUUUAACACGACUGUAUAAUUCUAGGUGUUUGUUUGCAUAUACGGCAGUUAUUUGAAUGAAAAGCAUUGGCUGUUUUGGACUAUCAUUUUGGCAUAUACAGUUUAUUUGAUGUUUCUAGGGGAGCAAUGGACCCUAACUUCGAGGGCUCACAUGAAACAGGAAUAACCAGGUUUCUUGCUUUGUCUUGCAGUACAAAAACCAACUAAAAAAAUUUCG